CUUGCGCUCAACAACGAUCGACCAAGGCGAAGUCGAUACGUAGCAACGCUCUUGGUCCGAUGGCUACGGGACUCGGCGUUGAAUGGUCCAUGGGCGUGCUGCUGGAGACAUGGCUCGUACCGGCCCUCGGUUUUCGUUCCAACAACUCCGUGUAAAAAGAAGACGAAUCGGUACGACUGUGCUAGUGGAUCGUUCGUUGUGCCAGGUUCGCAAUCCACUUGAAGGCGCAUCGAGCAAGAAUUGGGCGGCUGAAAAGCGGCGAGAUGUUUCGAGACCGGAUCUGGUCGACCUCAUCUCACGUGGCAUAUUCAUCCAUGGAGCCCCACCAGCUCAAUGCAUCGCCAGCUGUGUGCUGAGACAACUCACACUGUUGCUGGUCAAGCCUGAUGCCAUACUCGACGUACUCGCCGCAGUGUAGCGAGGAUGCUGACAGACUCUCGGCAGGCUCCAGGUGACAUGGCUUUGAUUGUGGGGCAUAGCAGAGCAUAGUCGUCUCGAGUAAUUGUCACUGGAAGACAUGAAACAGCUCAGAUGAACAUGGUCAUCCAUGGCCGUCGUGCUGGUUGAAUAGAAAACAACAAUAACAAGCAUGUCCGCCG